AUGACAACAUUAUGGAUAUUAAUGUUAGGUAGUGCAUUGAUAUAUGGAACAGUAAUGAUGGAAAUGACAAACAGCGUGCCGGAGUUGCUCGUGGUGACAGUUGCGACAGAGGAGACAGAUGGCUUAAGGCGAUUGAAACGCACGGCUGAUGCUAAUGACAUCAGACUAAAAGUAUUUGGCAUGGGCGAAGAAUGGCAAGGCGGCAAUACUCGCAUCGAACAGGGUGGUGGACAGAAAAUACGCAUUUUGCGAGAAUCUUUGGAAAAAUACAAAGACAGAGAUGAUUUAAUAAUAUUGUUUGUCGACGCCUACGAUGUGAUAUUUUGGAGCAAUGAAGAACAAAUUUUGCGAAAAUUCUUCACCUUUUUUGAUGGAUUUCGUGUUGUAUUUUCGUCGGAACCGUUUUGCUGGCCUGACAAGAAUUUGGCACCAAAAUAUCCGCUUGUUAACUUUGGCUAUAGGUAUUUGAAUUCUGGAGUUUUUAUGGGCUUCGCUCCUGAGAUUUGGAGCUUAAUAAGUUACAAAGAUGUUGAAGACAAUGAUGACGACCAACUAUAUUACACACAACUCUAUUUGGAUGAACAAAUACGACUAUCACUGAAAAUGACACUGGAUUCAAUGAGCAUUUUAUUUCAAAAUCUAAAUGGCGCAUCGAGCGAUGUAAAAUUAGAAAUCAUUGAUGAAAGAAGCGGAACAUAUUCUAUCCACAAUUUUAUUUAUAACACAUACCCUUUGGUUGUACAUGGAAAUGGUCCAAGCAAGCUCUAUUUGAAUCAUUUCGGUAACUACAUUGAUCCGCUCAGGAUAGCCACAGUAAAAGCACAUUCCAUAACAACGGAUCUUGAAAAGGUUGAUUUACCGAGGUUAUUUUUGUCGGUCAUUAUUUCCAAACCGAUACCAUUUAUUCGUGAGUUUUUCGAAAAUAUUGAGAAAUUGGCUUAUACAAAUGACAAAAUUGAUUUAUAUGUUUAUUGCAAUCAAAUGUUUGUGGAAAAGGAAGUCAGUAACUUUGUUGAAAAUGGGAAAGGACGUUACCGAUCGCUAAUUUACGAUGACAGUACAACAGAAAUGGGAGAGCGUGAAGCUCGUGCGUUUUCAUUGAAACAAAGUUUGGCAUUGGGCAGUGAUUAUCUAAUAAUGAUUGAUGGCGAUGUACACUUAAAUAACUCAGAAGACUUGCUGCUUAUAGUUCAUACAAUGAAGGAAAACAAUUUAGAGAUUCUUGCACCUUUAGUUGGGCAACCAUGGAAGUUGUUCACCAAUUUUUGGGGCGCUGUCGCUAGUAAUGGAUACUAUGCUAGAUCCGAGAAUUAUCUGAAUAUCAUUGAUCGUAAAGAAGUGGGAAUUUGGAAUGUGCCGUUUAUUAGUUCGAUUUUAGUAAUUGCAAAAGGAAAGCUGAUGCCUUUAUCAAAUGCAUACUAUUAUGACGAGAAAUUAGAUCCUGACAUGAGCUUUUGUUUAUUUGCACGUGAUAAAGGUCAUUUUCUUUAUCUUGAUAACAAUCAUUACUACGGCUUUCUGGUGGUCAGUGAAGACGUUGAAUCGUCCAAAGUUCAUCCGGAAAUGUACGAAAUUUUCAAUAAUAAAGAGUUAUGGGAAAAGUGGUAUCUACAUCCAAACUAUUUUGCUUCUCUCAAUGGUUCUACACCAAUUCCGGAAAUAUGUCAGGAUGUAUACGACUUUCCACUUAUGUCCGAAAGAUUUUGUGCAGAACUUAUUGAAGAAUGUGAGUAUUACGGAAAAUGGUCAGAUGGUAAACAUAAGGAUGAAAGGUUAGUAGGUGGUUAUGAAAAUGUACCCACUCGUGAUAUUCAUAUGAAGCAGAUUGGUUUCGAACGACAUUGGUUGUACAUGUUAGAUGAAUAUGUUCGUCCAAUACAAGAAAAAUUGUUUAUUGGUUACUACAAACAGCCAGUGGAAUCCGUGAUGAUGUUUGUUGUACGUUAUAAGCCAGAAGAGCAAGCUUCGCUGAAGCCUCAUCACGAUGCUUCAACUUAUAGUAUUGAUAUUGCAUUGAAUAAACGAGGAGUGGAUUAUGAUGGAGGUGGUGUGCAUUUCCUACGAUAUAAUUGCACUUUUGAUGCUGAUGUUGUUGGCCAUUCAAUGAUAUUUCCGGGUCGUCUGACGCAUCUACAUGAAGGUUUGGAAACUACUCGAGGGACUCGUUACAUUGCUGUAUCCUUUAUUAAUCCAUAA